CAGCCCUUACCCUUCUUUCUCUGAACCAGACAGUUACCCAAGGGAGCAAGGGCCGACGAAGGUGACAACGAAGGGGCUAGUUUCUCGAGGGUGUGAAUCACGAGUGUGCCUGUAACUAGGGGAGGAGUGACGCGACCUUCUGGUUGACGCUACGGGCUAGGCGGCAGAGAAGGACGAAUGAUGGAAAUUUCAGCAUCAAAUCAAAGAACUUUGAGCGUCCAAUAGUUUUUUUCUGGUAUAGACUCUAAACCUGAGUUGUUCUUCAAUUCCUUCCUCGUUUAUGUCCAAUUUUAUGUCUUUUAUCUAUUUUACUACUAUUGUGUGAACAUAGUUUGUCCCUAAAUAAGAAUGUCAAAGCUCGAAAAAAGAAUCAAAAUAGGUUCGGAGUUGGUUUAUGGGCUAUAGAUGUUUGUGUAUAUCUCUUUUGUUUAUAAAUGAUGGUGUUAAUUAAGCUGAUUUUCACUCUUCAGAUUUUUUAGCUGUUGUUUUUAUUCUCUUGCCUUUUACUUGAAUGAGGAAUAUAACUCCCGCUUCCUGAAUGUUAGUUCUACUUCUAAGAAAUAACUUGCCUUUUACUUGAAUGAGCUAAUUCAAUACCUACUUGAUUAUUUGUCUAGUUACUGCCACUGAUGUUGUUUACUAACAUCACAUUGAUUUGCUGAUAUUUAGGAGUUCAAAGUUAUGUCUCCAUAGAUCACUUUGAGGUUUCAAAAAUGCCCUUCUAACGGCGAGUUGUAAUUAGAAUUUAUGUGUCUGAAAAUAUCGCUACUAAUGUCUCUUUAUGGCUUUUUGAACAAUUGUCUUCUUACUUUUUUUGAAUUGAUUUAGAAUCCAAGCCAUUAUGAGACCACAUCAAAGAAUUUUGUUUUUCAACUUUCACCUUCUAGAAAUGCUGGUACUCCCGGGCUCCAAUUGAGAUUUUUGCACGGGUUUUGGCUAGCUACAUUAUCCAGCAACAAAUGGUUGAGAGACUUUUCAGACGCUAUCGAGGUAAAUCUUCUAAAUACUAAAGAUGUGUUCCCUCCGAUUUUUAGUUUUCACCUUGUAGCAAUGUAGGCACUCAAGUGUAUGAAAGGAGGAUGGACUGCGAGACUUAUCAGGCUCUAUACUGGUUUGGUCAAUGUGAAGGCGGAAAUGAUUUUUAAUCUUUGCUGAUAAUUUUUUUAUCUGGUUUUUCAAAUUUGUUGCAUUUUUAGAGUAAAACUUAUUCGUCUAGAGAAAGUUCAACAUCAGCUACACCAACAACCAAGAACCUAGCAAUCCACCUGCUAGCUCAACUCCAGCUCCUGCAACAACCUAAGUUUUUUGCUUUGGUAUGUUCUUGCAAUUUCUGUGUCCACAUGUGUAUAUGGUUCUGUGUAUCCUUCAUCAUUUUCAAUAUUUUCACUUUUAAUAUGACUUAUCUACCAUUUUCUCAUUUAGAUUUUUUAUAAUCUUAUAUAACACGUGUAAAUCCUUGCAUGUCAACUCCCGCUCAUGCACCCGUGGCAAUUACUGGGCGAGCUCAACCUUCACGUGAAGAACUUGGGGCAUUUUGUUAUAUCUAUAUAUAAUCGAGAACUUAUGUGUGCAUAUUUAAUCUCUUAGCUUACACCUUAUACAUUUUACAUGGACAAAUCAGAAGAUGUUUAGGGUCAGGCAGCUUCUAGUUUGUCGUGGGCAGCACCCUUGAUGUAGUGGGAAUCUGGGACAUGGACAUUGUUGUUCGACCCCUUCGUGCAGCUUAUAACAACCCUGAGAGGGCUGUUCAAUAUUUAUAUUAUAUCAAGACUCAAUAUAUAAAAUGUGAUUCGUUUCCUCUUUCGUUGAGAAUUACAAUGAAGAUUGAAGUGACAACAUGAUAUCAAGAUGUUGUCGAUUAGAGGAAGAUUUUAGGAUACCUUAGUCAUAAAAACAUUGUGCCCGUCUCCCUUGUCACCCUCAUCGUCGAUCUCACUUCUUACGCCUCUCUCUAUUCGGCCUCCAUUGAACAAAAUACAGAGUACAUGUUUACCGAGAAACCCUAGUAGCUGCGGCGCUGCUCAAAUUUCCCAAAGGAAGAAGAUUGGUGAACAGAGAAGCCGAAUCUGCGCUCACAGAUUCGUUGAUUUCCGAAGUUGCUGGAAAAUUUGUUGUUCCCAAAAAACUAGAAAUCCUCUAAAAUCACUCCAAACAAUCCAAAAUCAUCUCCCAUAUAUUCUUCUGUAUUGUUAUAAAUAAGCUCAAAUCAUCUCCCAACUACCCUUGGUCUGGUGCGGCUAGCAGAACACAGGUCGACGAAAAUGGGAAUUUUUGAACCAUUUAGAGCUAUUGGAUACAUCACGACCAACGUUCCAUUCUCAUUACAGAGACUCGGCACCGAGACAUUUGUCACUGUUAGCAUUGGAAAGGCUUUCCAGAUUUACAACUGCGCUAAGCUCAAUUUGGUUCUUGUCGGCCCUCAAUUACCAAAGAAGAUAAGAGCUCUUGCUUCUUACCGAGACUACACUUUUGCUGCCUAUGGAAAUGAUAUUGCAGUUGUGAAGCGUGCUCAUCAGGUGGCUACUUGGAGCAGGCACACUGCUAAGGUUAACCAUUUGCUACUUUUUGGUGACCACAUAUUAAGUGUUGAUGUUGAAGGAAAUAUCUUCACAUGGAACUUCAAAGGAAUAAGUGAAAACCUUGCUCCCGUUGGACACAUUUCGCUAGGCGAUAAUUUCACGCCAAGCUGCAUAAUGCAUCCAGAUACAUAUUUAAAUAAGGUCAUUGUUGGAAGUCAAGAAGGUACACUGGAACUUUGGAACAUUAGCACAAAUAAAAAACUGUAUGAGUUCACUAGGUGGAAGUCUUCUAUAAAUUGCUGCAUUUCAUCUCCAGCGCUAGACGUUGUUGCUGUGGGUUGUGCUGAUGGAAAAAUUCAUGUUCAUAAUAUUCGUUAUGACAAAGAAGUCGUUACAUUUACUCAUUCUGCCUGGGGUGCUGUUACUUCAUUAUCUUUUAGCACUGACGGGCAACCCCUUUUAGCAUCUGGAGGCUCAUCUGGUGUGAUUACUAUAUGGAAUCUUGAGAAGAGAAGGUUACAGUCUGUAAUCAAGGAGGCCCAUGAUUGCUCUGUAAUCUCUCUUCAUUUUUUCGCUAACGAGCCCGUGCUUCUGAGUUCAUCAUCUGAUAAUUCAAUAAAAAUGUGGAUUUUUGACACAACUGAUGGUGACCCUCGUUUACUGCGUUUCAGAAGUGGUCACAGUGCCCCCCCUUCGUGUAUCAAGUACUAUGCCAAUGGGCGACACAUUCUAUCUGCUGGUCAAGAUCGAGCCUUCCGUCUCUUCUCUGUUGUUCAAGACCAGCAGAGCAGAGAGCUCUCUCAGAAAAAUGUGUCUAAAAGAGCAAAAAAACUCAAGCUGAAGGAGGAGGAUAUAAAAUUAAAGCCUGUUAUUGCAUUUGAUGUUGCUGAAAUUAGGGAACGUGAUUGGUGCAAUGUUGUUACGUGUCACAUGGACACCAUUAAAGCAUAUGUAUGGAGGCUUCAAAAUUUUGUCCUUGGGGAACAUAUCCUUAGUCCGUGCCCGGAAAAUCCAACACCAGUCAAAGCAUGCGCCAUAAGUGCAUGUGGCAAUUUUGCAGUUAUAGGGACAUCAGGUGGUUGGAUCGAGCGAUUUAAUCUUCAAUCUGGAAUCAGUCGUGGCAGUUAUGGCGACACCAUUUUGCAAGGGAAAAAUCAUUAUGCUCAUGAUGGAGAAGUGAUUGGCAUAGCCUGUGAUUCCACAAAUACCCUUAUGAUAAGUGCAGGAUACCACGGGGAUGUGAAAAUAUGGGACUUUAAAGGGAAGGGGUUGAAGUCUAGAUUGGACAUUGACUGCUCUCUAGUAAAGAUUGUUUAUCAUCGAUCCAAUGGUCUUUUAGCGACCGCGGCAGAUGACUUAGUUAUCCGUGUGUUUGAUGCUGUUGCAUUGAGGAUGGUUAGAAAAUUUCAGGGGCAUGCAGAUCGCAUUACAGACAUGUGCUUUAGUGAGGACGGGAAAUGGCUAUUGACAUCUAGCAUGGAUGGGACUCUUAGAAUUUGGGAUGUUAUCCUAGCUAGACAGAUUGAUGCCAUACAAGUUGAUAUCUCUAUAACUGCUUUAUCUCUAUCGCCUAACAUGGAUGUCCUAGCCACCACACAUGUUGAUCAAAACGGUAUCUAUCUAUGGGUCAAUCAGGCCAUGUUCUCCAGCGCUUCUAAUGUUGAAUCUUAUGGAAGUGGGAAAGAAAUUGUGAGUGUGAAGAUGCCAUCAGUUUCAUCAGAAGAAACUAAAGAUAAUGAUGACAAAGCCACUGUAGUAAAGCCUCAAGAGGUUCUUGAUUCUUCUCAAAUUGUUCCUACUUUGGAGCAGCAAAUUCCAGGUCUAGUCACGCUCUCUCUACUGCCAAAGAGUCAGUGGCAAAGUUUGAUCAAUUUAGACAUCAUAAAGGAGCGGAACAAACCGAUUGAGCCUCCAAAGAAACCGGAGAAAGCUCCUUUCUUCUUACCUUCAAUUCCCUCCCUCUCUGGUGAAAUUUUAUUUAAACCCAGUGAAGAAGUUGGGAAUGAGAAGAAUUCACAAGAUGGCGAAAAGGGAGAGAACCGGAGAAAACUGAAUCUUCCUGUCUCUAAGUUCUUGCACGUCCUCCAGUCAUCUGCAGAGAGUCAAAAUUUCGAAGCAUUCACUGAUUAUAUCAAAAGCGUGUCCCCAUCAGCACUGGACAUGGAAAUGCGAGUGCUUCAACUUAUCGACGACGAAGAUCAAGAUAUUGUGAUGGACAGACAAGAACUGUACUUCAUUGAAUUGCUUCUGGAUUACUUCAUACACGAGACCGCGUGCAUGAACAACUUUGAGUUUGUGCAGGCUCUCAUUAGACUGUUUUUGAAGAUUCAUGGUGAAGCAAUCAGGCAGCAGCCGAAGCUGCGGGAAAAGGCUCAGAAGCUUCUAGAAAUCCAGUCGGGCGUUUGGCGGAGAGUGGACAAGUUGUUCCAGAGUAGCAGAUGCAUGGUGGCAUUCCUUAGUAAUUCACAAUUUUGAUGGUCUAGUGUAAGUCUUUCCCUUGGUUCUUAGGUAAUGGUGUGUUUGGAAAUUGAAUUUGUUUCGCUAGAAGGAGCAAGCCAGAGUUCAAACAGAAAAAAAAUCGAAGUAAAUUUAGUGCAUAUUUCACUAAUUUCAGGCUGCAAUGCAACGUGUCUACCCCUCUCGUAUUUCCAACAACUUUGUUAUUCCUUUCCUAAUGAAUUUUUCUUCAUAAA